GGCCGGCGGGCUUCCCCAGCUCGCUCGGUCCCGGUCGCCCCUCGCGGGGGUGCGGGGGCCGCCCCCUGGGCCGGGCCCUGCCUCAGGCGCCGCCGCCCCGCCCUAGGCCCGCCCCGCCCGGCCUGAGGGGAGGAACCGGCCGGGCCUCCCCGCGCGGCCCAGCCGCCUCCGGAGUCGCCGCCGCUGCUCUCCGUGCGCCGGGACCGAGGCUGCCCCUCGCCCCUCAGGCCGACGCCAUGAAGAUCAAGGAUGCCAAGAAACCCUCCUUCCCGUGGUUUGGAAUGGACAUUGGGGGAACUCUAGUAAAGCUCUCAUAUUUUGAACCUAUUGAUAUCACAGCAGAGGAAGAACAAGAAGAAGUUGAGAGCUUAAAAAGUAUCCGGAAGUAUUUGACUUCUAAUGUAGCCUAUGGAUCCACUGGUAUUCGGGAUGUACACCUUGAACUGAAGGAUUUAACACUUUUUGGCCGAAGAGGGAACUUGCACUUUAUCAGAUUUCCAACCCAGGACCUGCCUACUUUUAUCCAAAUGGGAAGAGAUAAAAACUUCUCAACAUUACACACGGUGCUAUGUGCUACAGGAGGUGGUGCUUACAAGUUUGAAAAAGAUUUUCGCACAAUUGGAAACCUCCACCUGCACAAACUGGAUGAACUUGACUGCCUUGUAAAGGGCUUGCUGUAUAUAGAUUCUGUCAGUUUCAAUGGACAAGCAGAGUGCUAUUAUUUUGCUAAUGCCUCAGAACCUGAGCGAUGCCAAAAGAUGCCUUUUAACCUGGACGAUCCCUAUCCACUGCUGGUAGUGAACAUUGGUUCGGGAGUCAGUAUUUUAGCAGUCCAUUCCAAAGACAACUAUAAACGAGUAACUGGAACAAGCCUUGGAGGGGGUACCUUUCUGGGUUUAUGCAGUUUAUUGACUGGCUGUGAAAGUUUUGAGGAGGCUCUUGAAAUGGCAUCAAAAGGUGACAGCACCCAAGCUGACAAGCUGGUCCGUGAUAUUUAUGGAGGAGAUUAUGAAAGAUUUGGUCUGCCAGGUUGGGCUGUAGCAUCUAGUUUUGGAAAUAUGAUUUAUAAGGAGAAGCGAGAAUCUGUUAGUAAAGAAGAUCUAGCAAGAGCUACUUUAGUUACUAUCACCAAUAACAUUGGGUCUGUCGCACGAAUGUGUGCUGUUAAUGAGAAAAUAAAUAGAGUUGUCUUUGUUGGAAACUUUUUACGUGUCAAUACGCUCUCAAUGAAACUUUUGGCAUAUGCACUGGAUUAUUGGUCAAAAGGUCAACUGAAAGCAUUGUUUCUAGAGCAUGAGGGAUACUUUGGAGCAGUUGGUGCACUUCUUGGGCUGCCAAAUUUCAGCUAAAGCAUCAGGUUUCUCUCUGUUAGUAAAUGUCAUCCAAGAAGAACUGAAAACCGGAGGCAUUAUUACUGCAUCAUUUGUAACUGGGAACCAAAGGAUAAAAGAGUAGCACUAUUCCUGUUGAUUUUUAAAUGUCAAAAUAGUAAGCUGCUAAAUGUUGCCAUAUUCAGAGAGAGCUCUGUAACCUGUGAAGUAUUUCUAGUUGAAAUGCUUUCCCUUCUGUGUAUAGCCAGUGGUAAAUCUUUAAAUGCAAUACAGCCUCUGAUUAUUGAGCUUCCUCUCAAAAAGAUUUUCUAUUUAUUUUAUGUAGCCAACAUUGCAGUACUGUAUUCUCAAACACGAAUCUUAAAGUCUCAGAAAUGUUUAGCUCAUGGAAAUAAUUGAUUCUCUAUAUUUGUUACAAGUCUGUUCCAUGUAUGUUUUGGUUACUAAUAAGUGGACAGUAACAUACCCUGUAUCAAAACUUAUUGAAAUGGCAAUCAAAGAUGAUCAUUUUUAUGUGAUUUUAGAAAUGUUAAGGCAAUAUUAAUUAUUCAUUCUUGUGGUUUUCCUACCAUAUCCCCCCAAAAAGCAUGUUUAUGUGAUCUUUCUCCAGAGGUAUAACCCUUUUCAAAUGCUGUAAUUUAAUUGAAAUACUGUUAAAUAUUAGCCUGAAUUUUAAAAGGACUCCUAGAAAAUGCACAUAAUUGGUGACAUUGUACUUCUUUAUUUUGUGAGUUAAUCAGUGUAUUUAAAAAUGUUUAAUAUUUUUCAGUUGGAGGCUUAAUUACUUAUUUGAAAGUCUGUUGAGUGAGGUCCCAAGACUAUUCAAUGGAAUAUGGUUUGCGUGCAUUUUAGGAGUUCCGUGUUCUUGCUAUAUGACAUUUAUCUCAGACCCAGACUUAGACAUUUCUGUUUAACUAGGUCUAAACCAUUAAAGCUAAAGACUUUAUUCUAUUAUGAGCAGCAGCAAAAUCACAUUUAUUCUAAAUGGAUGUUAUGGAAAUCUGAAAGAUGAGUUUUGAAACUUUGUGGGAGUCUGAGGCAGUAUUGCAGAAUUAUAAAAGGAUCAGUGUUUCAUACAUUCUGGUAAUAAAAGCAUUAUAGUUCCAAAAUU